UAUAUUUGACGUAUAAUAAAUCCAAAUCAAUUGAAAAAAAAUGUCCAUCUCUGAAACCUCAUCCUCUCCCGAUCCCCCGAUUCAACUCGUCUCCAAAUCCGUCUCCGACAGACUCCUCUCCAAAUUCUACGACGUCUCCGAGUUGGGUUUCGACUACACACAGAGCGCGCUGUGGUCUCCUCCGGUCCAAAGGAGAGUGUUUCUCGACUCUCCCGGCAAUAUCUCCACCGAGCACGACUUGGCCGCCAAGCUCCAGAGACGAAGGUCUCGUUCGUCUCGUCUCUCGUUCAAUGUAGGCUUGCUUGUGCUCUCCGAAGAGAUUGUGAAAGGUUGGAGUUUGGGCAUUGUAUUUUUGGAAAUGGCAGUGUUUGUGCUUGUGACUAGAUUUGUAUGAUAGAUCUUUUUAUGUAUAAAACUAUAAUAUAUCACCUUGGCGUA